AUGUUCGCCGUUGGACUUUGGGCGGUUGUUUUGCUGGUGGUGGCAGCGGAUGAGGACUGCUCACUGCUGGUGGUGAAUUCAACGAUGGGCCAUCGCAUGUAUACGAAAGAUGGAUUUUGUGCACCAGAACCUGGAAAUAACGGGACGACCCUUAGGGACAAUGUGCUGGACUUUGAAGGAACGAAGGGGGCAACGUUGUACUCCGUGCACUUUACUCCCAAAUGGUAUGACUUUCCACCAGGGCAGCCGAUCCGGAAGGACUGCGUCACCUCAAAUGGGACACGCCUGACCUUCAGGGUGGGCAGGUGGUUAUCUGAGGAUGUGCGCAAUGAGUUUAUGUCUGGCGCGCGCAAGAGCAGCAUCCUGAAGAGUGAUGCAGAGAAAUUGGGCGACCAGAUCCCUGAGAAGUUGAAUUUCGCGUUCGAGGGCCUUGCCACCUUCCGCUUUCGGCGUGGGGCCGGCUUCGAGAAACGUGAGGUCAAACUUCGCUUCGCUCAAGGGCACAUCGGGCGGAAUGCCUACAACUGGUGGAUGGGCAGCACUCCAUCGAUUUGUCACAUCGAAAAAGAAAAGGAGCUAGUUUGUGGAGAGCUUGGCUUUGGAGAUCUUGGCUUUCUCCCACACCCCCAAUAUGGAAUCCAUCCGAACAACCACAGGUUCAAGGUCUAUCCGCGGCCCAUUGAUUGA